GGCCGCCUGGCUGGGAGGCUGGGCACCGAGGUUGAUAAGACUGGGACCCCACUGGCCCCUACAACUGUGCCGGCUGCUGUCUGCGCUGCCAGAAACAUGAAGGUCAUCUCUGGCCCCAGCCUCGUGCUCUGCGGCCUGCUGCUGCUCCAGGCCCCACGCUCACUUGGCCUCCCCCCUGAGUCCAGAGGUCACCUCUGCCGGACCCGGCCCACGGACCUGGUGUUUGUCGUCGACAGCUCGCGCAGCGUGCGGCCCGUGGAGUUCGAGAAGGUGAAGGUGUUCCUGUCCCAGGUCAUCGAGUCCCUGGACGUGGGCCCCAACGCCACGCGGGUGGGGCUGGUCAACUACGCCAGCGCCGUGAGGCAGGAGUUCCCGCUGCGGGCCCACGGCUCCAAGGCCGCGCUGCUGCAGGCCGUGCGCCGCAUCCGGCCGCUGUCAACCGGCACCAUGACGGGGCUCGCCAUCCAGUUCGCCAUCACCAGGGCCUUCAGCGAUGCCGAGGGCGGGCGCGCCAGGGCCCCCGACAUCAGCAAGGUGGUCAUCGUGGUGACGGACGGGAGGCCCCAGGACAGCGUUCGGGACGUGUCUGCGCGGGCCCGGGCCAGCGGCAUCGAGCUGUUCGCCAUCGGCGUGGGCCGCGUGGACAAGGCCACGCUGCGGCAGAUCGCCAGUGAGCCACAGGACGAACACGUCGACUACGUGGAGAGCUACAGUGUCAUCGAGAAGCUGUCCAAAAAGUUCCAGGAGGCCUUCUGCGUGGUGUCUGACCUGUGUGCCACAGGAGACCACGACUGUGAGCAGGUGUGCGUCAGCUCCCCGGGCUCCUACACCUGUGCCUGCCAUGAGGGCUUCACCUUGAACAGUGAUGGCAAGACCUGCAAUGUCUGCAACGGGGGCAGUGGCAGUUCAGCCACCGACCUGGUCUUCCUCAUCGAUGGAUCCAAGAGUGUGCGGCCGGAGAACUUUGAGCUGGUGAAGAAAUUCAUCAACCAGAUCGUGGAUACGCUGGAUGUGUCGGACAAGCUGGCCCAGGUGGGGCUGGUGCAGUACUCGAGCUCUGUGCGCCAGGAGUUCCCACUGGGCCGUUUCCACACCAAGAAGGACAUAAAGGCGGCUGUGCGGAACAUGUCCUACAUGGAGAAGGGCACCAUGACUGGGGCUGCCCUUAAGUACCUCAUUGACAACUCCUUCACUGUGUCCAGUGGGGCUCGGCCUGGUGCCCAGAAGGUGGGCAUUGUCUUCACUGAUGGCCGGAGCCAGGACUACAUUAAUGAUGCUGCUAAGAAGGCCAAGGACCUUGGCUUUAAGAUGUUUGCUGUGGGUGUGGGCAAUGCUGUGGAGGACGAGCUGAGGGAAAUUGCCUCAGAGCCCGUGGCAGAGCACUACUUCUACACUGCUGACUUUAAGACCAUCAACCAGAUUGGCAAGAAGUUGCAGAAGAGGAUCUGCGUGGAGGAAGACCCGUGUGCCUGCGAGUCCAUUGUGAAAUUCCAGGCCAAAGUGGAGGGGCUGCUGCAGGCCCUGACCAGGAAACUGGAAGCUGUGAGCAAGCGGCUGGCUGUCCUGGAGAACAGAAUCGUCUAAGGCCGCCUGUCCUGCCGUGGCGUCUCCAU